UACUGGAUCGUCGCCCUCCAACGUAGAAGAAGAAAGUUCACGGUAACCCAGGCAACCAGAGAAGCGACAGGUUGUGUCCGCUGCUACGAGUCAACAGCAGCUGUCGUCCGGAAACACUUCCAAAACAACAAAAAUACACAAAAAAACACGCGCUCAGUUACCAGACGCCAUGUCCUUUGCAACCGACCACAACUCCAAGCCCAAGUCCAUGAGCCGAGCCAGGAAGUGGACGAUGGAGGUGGAGAACCUGUUCCGGUUCCAGCUGGCCGGCUACAGGGAUGAACUGGAGUACAUACAGGUCAAACAAGGGGCUUCGGUCGACCGGUGGCAGGAGAGCGGCUUCGUGAAGAGGCUCCAACGUCGGGACGACACGUUUUACUACUACAGCAGGAAAAGGGAGUGUCAGGACGGCGACGUGCACAGGGUCAAGGUCUACGUGUAUUAAAGUGUCACGGACUCUUUUGUUACCGCUACGACACAAUGUCGUAAAAACGUAUUCAUAUAAAUUAUCGUACAGAAAAAGUUAUGCACAGUUUUUCGUGCAACAGCUUGUGCCAGAAUGGGCACAGAUCACAUCCCCCUUUCAGGUGAAGUCUAAAGUAUUGGCCCUUUUUGUUUUCAAUAAAUUAAUUUCUAAAACUG